GUCAACACAUCUCGUACACGACAGCAUUCUUCUUCAGGAAUUUGUUUCGUGUUCUUGUCAUCACUUAAUUGGCCUCGUAGCGUCUCGCUGCCGCACUGAGCGCUCUCUCGCCGUGUCCGCCUUCACACCUUCCUUUUGGUGUUCUUUGCUUCCCUCGUCUCGUCACAGAGCCGCGGCUCCUACAAACUCGCACACGUCUUACGGGGACACACACGCAUUCGUGCACGGCAAAAGGAAAGGAAAGAUCAGAGGAAAAACAAAAAAAUCGCGAACCCCAAUGGACUUCGCCUUCGACCUUUACACGUCCGUCCUGCCGGUGGACAAGGAUAAGCUGACGCACCAGAUGUUCAUCUUUUGGCUGAUCCUUGCCACGGGCGGCACCUUCAUGUAUCUCGCCUUCGCCUCGAUGUCGUACAACUUCUACUUCCGCCGCCUGAGGCGCCAGUUCUUCCCGAAGACCAUCGACCCGGAGGACGAGGCGGAACUGUGGCGGCAGGUGAAGCACGAGAUCUGGAUCGCGACGUGCUCCAUCCCGUUCAUGGCGAUCCUGAUGAUGCCGGCGGCCACGUUCGCGCACCGCGGCUACAGCCAGCUGUACCACAACGUCUCCGACUACGGGUGGGGAUACUUCCUCGUGUCGCCCCUGCUGUUCUUCUCGUUCACGGACUUCAUGGUGUACUGCUUCCACCGCGGCCUGCACCACCCCAUCAUCUACAAGCGCGUCCACAAGCUGCACCACACGUACAAGUUCACUACUCCCUUCUCGUCGCACGCCUUCAACCCCGUGGACGGCUUCGGGCAGGGCGUGCCGUACUACAUCUUCGUGUACCUCUUCCCCCUGCACAGCACCCUCUUCAUCUGUCUCUUCGUGAUGGUGAACUUCUGGACCAUCUCGAUCCACGACCAAGUGGACUUCGGCGGCCACUUCAUGAACACGACGGGCCACCACACCAUCCACCACGAGCUGUUCAACUACGACUACGGCCAGUACACGACGGUGUGGGACCGCCUCGGUGGGUCGUACCGUCCCGCAGAGCAGACGCACCAGCUGACGACGCUGCUGCACGCGUGCGACCAGGACUACGUGGACCCGGUGUACGCGACGUACCACGACGAGAAGGGUUUCCUGGCCGGCCGCUUCAAGGAGGAGGCUGCUGCGCGCCACAAGAAGUCCUCGUAA